GUUGAAGAGUCUUCGCGACCCUUGAGAUGGGAGAAAUUGAAGAAGGUAUUGGAGCAUAUUAGAGGGAAGUUGAGGAUAUUGAAGGGAUAUGCGGAGGCUCGGGCUUAUCGAGAUGGGGAAGUUUUUCUUUACUUAUAAGAGAGUUGACAGCGUUGCGGAGAGGUACAAAGAGAUAGACAUCGGUGAGAGGGUCGUGCGGCUAGGGUACACUAAAACUGAUCGUCAUGGCGGGAGGUUCAUGAUAAGGUUGCGUGAUCCCGAAGUGGAAGAGGAGACUUUCUUGGGUUGGCUUCCAGAGUUGGUGAAUAGUUAUGAUAGGUUGGGGCAGGAUGUGAGAAGAGGUUACUUGUUUCGGUCAAUGCGUGGUGAUGGUCCAGUAAGUGGUGGCGGUUUUAACAAGCGCAUCGAGAAAUGGUUUGAGGAGGCGGGAGUUUAUGAAGGGGAGAGUGGUCACAACUUCCGGAUUGGGGGAGUUCAGGCAGGGAUAGAGGAGGGUUGGAGUCUGGGAGAAAUUAUGCGACAGGGAACAUGGAGUAGUAUUGGAACGUUUAUGAGGUAUGGAUACGGGAUGCGGCGUGGAUGGAACAAGAGGAGUGAGGGAGGUUUAGGUGGUGAAGAAAAUUGUUGUGAGGUCGAGGAUUGCGGGGUUGGGGGGGGUGACGUCGACUCUGGGGCUGCGGAGGCAGGAGAAUGAAGAUUCUGGGAUGGUGAAGCGGUGCGUGAUGUUGAGUGAGAGAGUGCGGGGGUACCAGAUGGUGCGUUUGGAAGAAGGUAAUAUAAGUAGGUAGGAGGCUGAGCUGGCGAGCGCUUUGGAGAGGGUGUGGUGGAGGAGUGUUGUGGGUGGAAAAAUCCAGCGGUAGGGAAAUGAUGGAAGUAAAUUUUAAUUCAAAGA